AUGGCGCCCAAGGUCAACUGCAACCCACUCAAGCUAUCCAACAUCGUGACCUACUUCCAGAAGUCUCGAGUCGCUCACACCCUCAAGGAUCUGGAGAAGGCGCUGCCGAGCGUGGCGAGCAUCAAUGGGAUGCAAGUGAAGGACUACCUCCAACAUCUCCAAGACGAGAACAGGAUCUCAGUCGAGAAGAUCGGCUCCGGCAACUGGUUCUGGUGCUUCCCGUCUGAGCAGAAGAAGAUCCGCGAGCGAGCUCUGGCGGAGGCUCAGUCAACUCAUGAUAAGGCCGCCUCCGUGGUUAACGACCUAAAGCAGAAGCUCGCCGACAUCAACGCUCAGCACGAAGACGAAGCCGAGAUGCUCGACAAUGGCGCCGAGAGCCGUGAGGAGCUUGUGGAGAGCAAGGCCGCCCUCCAGAGCGAUGUGAAGAGGCUGGAGAAAGCUCUCGAGGCGUACCGCGACACUGACCCGACGGAAAUCGAGCGCAAGAAGGCCGUGGUGCAGCUCUUACGCGAUCAAGCGACCCAGUGUACCGAAGAAAUCUAUUCCAUGGAAGGCUGGUUCAAAGAGAGGACGGGCAGUGACGAGGUCAUCGCGGCUCUCCGCCAGAUGAUCGACUAUGGUGCUGAGCUGGACGAGGAGGAGGGUGUGCUGAAGGAGCUCGUUUGA